AUGGCCACUUACCGGGAACUCCUGGCAAUGCAGUCCGUGGCCUUAGUCAUAGGAAUAUUCUUUUUAACUACUUCAGAAGCAGAAGAAGAGUGCCUAAGUGGGAAAAGUUAUUGGUGCUAUGAGUGUGAUACUUGGUCUGAUCCUCGGUGCAAAGACCCAUUCAAUUGGACCGCACUGCCUAGUGAACUACCCCAACAAAAACAAUGUGAUGGUUGCUGCGUGAAGAUUGUUACUAAUUCAAGCAAGCCAAAUGAAGUAAUUCGACGCACAUGCACGAAGAACAUCGUUAUAAAUUUAUUCAUGGUAGACCACGUCUGCAUGUACGAUGGGUACAAAACAGGCCACAUGUGUUUCUGCGAAGGUGACAGUUGCAAUUCCGUACCAUCUCUAAGGCCACCCACAUUCCUGAUGAUCCUGCUCAUGACCGCCCUCAGUGUCUUUGCCAAGAGCAGCCUGAUUGCAUCUCAACUCCUCUGAGACCAGUCCUUCUACAAGUGGAAGAGUAAGGUGCAGCAAGCGAGAAGACUAUAUAGUGCUAAGAACUAACACAAAUGGAUGUGUUUUUCAUUUGUUGCAACAGUUCAUGGCAUAUUUCAGCAGCCCAAAAAAAUGAUAUACAUGUCUUCUAUGUUCAUGAAAAGGGGUUAUGUCCAAAACUUGGAG